UAUUCAUCCACCCCAUUAAUUUAAGCAUUCAAAGAAUGUUUCCUAGGGUUAGCCAUGAGAAGGCUAGGGUUCUUGGAUUUAUCUUUUCUUGGGUCCCUGAAUUUUUCUCACUUGGGAUAAAUAAUAGAUAAUUUAGAAAAGGAGAUAUCUGAUUUCUUUCCCCUUCAACCAACAAGCACUUUUCUUUCUUCUUGACUUGGUUUCAUCCGGUUCAGAUUCCCGUCCCUCCUUUUGCUAUUUCUGGAAAACCUAAUCCGGGUCUUGCAGAUCCGGUAGCCUCCUCAAGGAAGCUGUCUCUCGAUACACCAUUUCUCAACUCCCCAUUUUCUUGGCAUCGCAGAAUCGUUUCUUGGACUUUCUUGAGCUGCUCCUUUCGCCUCAUUUCUCAAGUGCGUGAAAACCAAAAAAAUGGUGAGGGGGAAGACUCAGAUGAGGAGGAUAGAGAACAAGACGAGCAGGCAAGUGACCUUCUCGAAGCGUCGGAACGGGCUGCUCAAGAAGGCCUUCGAGCUCUCGGUUCUUUGCGAUGCUGAAGUCGCCGCCAUCAUUUUCUCUCCUACUGGAAAACUUUAUGAGUUCUCUACCUCAAGUAAGCAUUUGGCCUGGUAUGGCUCUGGUCAUUUCCACUAGGACACAUGCAAGUCAUAUAAAUGCUGAUAUGGCAGUGGUAAUUUUCAGCAUGAGCAGCAUAAUAGAACGAUAUCAAAGGAAAACAAAGGACCCGGGGUGCAGCGAGAAAACUACCGAAAUCGAUUUGCAGAAUAUGAAGGGAAACUCUCUAGACAUGGCAAAGAUGAUCGAACUUCUCAACGUUUCCAACAGUCGGCUCUCAGGAGAACUUUCAGAUACGUGUUCAAUUGAGGAGCUACAAUCAACACAGAACCUGUUAGAGAGAAGCUUAUCCAAAAUUAGGGCAAGAAAGAAUCUACUCUUUAAGGAGCAAAUUAUGCUGCUAAAGCAGGAGGAGAAGAAGUUGUUGGAUGAAAACAAAAAGUUGCGUAGUAAGAACGAAGUGCGAGGCCCGCUGAAAUUUGUGACCGAGCAUCCAGAAGUUCCUCGAGGACAGGGACUGGACGUGGAAACUGAAUUAUCCAUAGGAUGCCCUCAAAGACACCGAUUAAACAUCCAUCCACAUGAAGAAGGUUUGAGCAUACACUGGCUAUAAUAGCUGUCAUUUGUCCAAAGCUGGUACGAGCUUGACCAUAACUCAGAAAUCUGUGUCUCAUUGUCAUUUUUUCGUGAUCGACUUCAUAAUAUCUGUCCGAAGGGGUUUUCUUACCCUAAUGAUGGAAGAGGUAGGCUUUUAAUUCGUUGCCUCCUUGUACUUUGGAGCAUGUAUUUGCUACUCAUAUAUAAAGAACGUCCCUGGUGUUUGCGUACGUA